GGAUUUUAGCUCACCCUAUUUUAUAGCUAUUAUGGUAAAAUCCAUUACCGUGUUGCGCGGGAGCAGGAAAAGUUGUGUAGGCUGCUUUGCUAGCUACGAAUAUAGUACUACUUUGAGUGCCGUACGUCGCAAGAAGAAUGGCUCGGGAUUACAAACCUGGUGACCUGAUCUUUGCGAAGAUGAAGGGCUACCCUCACUGGCCUGCCAGGAUUAAUGACUACUCUGAUGGAGCUGUGAAGCCGGCCAACAUGAAGUUUCCCAUCUUUUUCUUUGGUACCCAUGAAACUGCAUUCCUAGGCCCCAAAGAUAUAUAUCCCUACCUGCCCAAUAAAGAGAAGUAUGCCAAGCCUAACAAGAGAAAGGGCUUCAACGAAGGCCUGUGGGAGGUUGAGAACAACCCAAAGGUGGAGCUGAAUGGAGAGAAGCAAAUGAUGCUGUCGGAUAACGUAACGGAGAAGGACUCUGACAGUAACCCGGAAGGGGACGAGGAGGGAGAUUAUGAGAAGAGGAAGAAACCCAAAGACCCCACACCAAAGGAAUCUACAGACACUCCCAAACCCAAGAGAAGAAGGAAGAAAAAGAGUGAUGUAGAGGCCGACUCUGAGAAAGAGGACGCUGCCAACAGUCCCACAUCCAGCCCUCAAGGUGGAGAGGGCCCCACUCCUAAGCGGCGAGGCAGGAAGACCAAAGCUGAGAAGAUGCUCCUACUCCAGCAGCAGGACCCCCAGGGCUCAGGCAGUGACAUGGACACUGCUGAGUCGGAGAGAAAGAGAAAGAGGACGCCGGAAGACAAGUCCAAGAGAGGAGAGGAGGAGAAGAGGCUGGACGGGAGGAGAAAGAAGGAAGACAACAAAGGGAGAGAGUUGGAAGGGAAGAAGGACCCUGAUGCUAAACGGAGGAGACAGACCAAAGAGGAGAGCUCCUCUGACUCAGAGGACCAGGAGAAGAACAAGGGGGUGGCGGGUGACCGCAAGCGGCAGCAGCCCACUCCGACCGAGACAGGGGACAAAGACGAUCGUCAACGACGCAAACAAGACGAGCAGAAAGAGCAAAACAAAGACGAUGGAAACAAAGUGGAUGAAAGGAAAGGAGACAAGAAGAAAGAGAUAUCGACAGAAUCGAGGCUGCAGAGGUUGCAUGGAGAAAUCAAAAUCUCCCUCAAGAUUGACAACCCAGAUGUGAAGAAGUGUCUGGUGGCGUUGGAUGAGCUGGGCAUGCUGCAGGUCACCACCCAGCACCUGCAGAAACACUCAGAGCUCAUUGCAACACUCAAAAAGAUUCGGAGGUUCAAGGCCAGCCAGGACAUCAUGGACAAGUCCACCAUGCUGUACAACAAGUUUAAGAGCAUGUUCCUGCUGGGGGAAGGGGACCAGCUGCUCAGCCAGGUGCUCAACAAGUCCAUAGCAGAGCAGAAGCAGCAGGAGGAGGCCAGGAAGGGAGCCCAGAAGAAGGCUGAGCAAGUCAGGGAGAACAACACAGAUAACAAUAUGAAUGGCGACUCCAGUCCUGAUAAGAAGCAGGAGUCGGACAAGGAGAAGCCUGCUGAAGAGGCCUCUACAGGUGAUAACAGCAGUGCUGUGCUAGUUGCCGUCCCAUUUUCUAAUCCCUUUACCGGCAGUGUAGUGAAGGCCCAAGAGGAAUCCACCUGAUGAAGAAACAUCUCACUGACUAAACUGAAGGGGAUGUUGGUGCUGCUGACCUGCUCCUGAGUCCUGACUGAUCUGUGCUGAUCCCACCUGCACACACUAGUCCAAACACCACCAAUAAGAGGUUAACUCCUGUUGCUUUGACAUCAUGUCCCUCAAGUAGUACAAAUCCAGGCUCUUUUCUGGUCUGAACACCCACGUCUUAAACCCUACAGAGCAGUGUCUUCCAAAGUCCUAUUUUAGAUAAAAAAAUGUUUAUGAUGAAUGCAUCCACUAUGGCUGUUUUUAAACUGAUGGUAGUAAAAAGUGGUUCCACAAGGAAAAUAUGUUAGUUUAAUACUUGCAUAUCUAACCCAUCCCUGACCUCACUUUGUUUUAACCAUUCUGCUAUGUGGUGAAAAAUUGACAGUAUCAUGUUUGAGAAGGUCAUUGCAAAAAUGGAGUGGGUCAAGGAAGCUUUAUAGUCUGUUUUAAAAUCACUUAACGUUUGACAUCGCAAGAUCUUUCAGUUCAACUCAAUUCUCUGAAUUAUACAAGAUAGAUUAAAUAUAUGGUAGUUACUGGUAGAGGAGUCUUUGUAUUACUUGUUAGUUUAGUCAAAUGUACUCGAUACUGACCAAUAUUACUCUGGGUAGGUGCACAUAUUUUUAAUGUUCUUGCACAGAAAGGAAAUACUACUCGUGUGCCAAAGUGUCUUUCCACUCGCACACCCAAGUUUAAAUGUCUGUCUGUUGUAAGUCCUCCAAUUUGCUGACAUUGAUGUAAAUAAGAGUAUUUUUGUGCCUGUCUGAAAGCCUGUUUUGCCUCCUUUGUAAUAAAGCAUUGGUUCAAUAACCUUUUGUCAGUAA